AUGGAUUCUCCUAUUGAUGAAGUUCCAAAAAAUAUGUCAAAAAAGAAAGAAAGUGAUCCAUUAAUUAUGGCCACAAAAAUUAAUAUUUCAUCUGAUUAUAAUGAUAUUAAUGAUGGAAUUUAUUUAAGUUGGAAGGAUUUAUGGGUAAGUGUGCCAGAUAAAAAAGUUGGAAGAAGGCCAAUACUUGAAGGGAUAAGUGGAUAUGCUCAACCUGGUGAAGUUUUGGCUAUUAUGGGGCCUUCUGGUUGUGGCAAAUCUACACUUCUUGAUGCAUUGGCAGGUAGAUUAGCUUCAAACACAAGACAAAGUGGAGAUAUACUUGUCAAUGGACGCAAACAAGCACUAGCUUUUGGAACUUCGGCCUAUGUGACACAAGAUGACACACUAAUGGCAACAUUGACAGUAAAAGAAACAGUAUAUUAUUCAGCUCAAUUACAACUCCCUCAAUCAAUGUCAUUACAUGAAAAGAAAGAAAGAGCAGAAGAAACAAUAAAAGAAAUGGGAUUACAAGAAGCAAUGAACACAAGAAUUGGUGGAUGGAGUUUAAAAGGAUUAAGUGGUGGACAAAAAAGAAGAGUUAGUAUUUGUAUUGAGAUUUUAACAAGACCAAAAUUAUUGUUUCUUGAUGAACCUACUAGUGGUUUGGAUAGUGCUGCAUCUUAUCAUGUCAUGAAUAGAAUUAUCAAGAUUGCACAACAAGAUAUGAGGACUAUUGUGGCAUCAAUUCAUCAGCCUAGUAGUGAAGUUUUUGAGCUAUUUGAUAACCUUUGCCUUCUAUCUUAUGGUAAAACCAUUUAUUUUGGCUCAAGUUCCAAAGCAAAUGAGUUUUUUGCGGUCAAUGGAUUUCCUUGUCCAUAUAUGAGGAACCCUUCUGAUCACUAUCUUAGAACAAUUAACAAAGAUUUUGAUGAUAUUGAGGAAGGAUUUGGCAAAAACAUAAUUACCUCAGGCAAAGCAAUUGACACUCUUGCUAUGUCAUAUGAAUCAUCAGAGGCUUGCCUCAAUGUUAGGCAAAAGGUUCUCACAAUUUGUCAAAAGAAUGGACGAUUGCUCGAAAAUAAGGGAAGUCAAGCAGGGUUCAUCACACAAUGCAAAGUUCUAACGCAAAGAUCGUUUAUCAAUAUGUAUCGUGAUUUAGGCUAUUACUGGCUUCGAUUACUUAUUUAUCUUGCACUUUGCUUGUGCAUUGGCACUAUCUUUCAUGAAAUUGGCUCUGAUUAUGGUUCAAUUCAGGCUAGAAGCUCAAUGCUUGUAUUUGUGGUUGGCUUCUUAACAUUCAUGGCAAUUGGUGGAUUCCCUUCUUUUGUAGAGGAAAUGAAACUUUUUACGCGAGAAAGGCUAAAUGGACACUAUGGUGUGGGUGCAUUUGUGAUUGGCAACACAUUAUCAUCAACACCAUUCUUGUUAUUGAUCUCUUUGGUUCCUGGAGCUGUGGCUUACUAUCUUGCUGAUGUUCAAAAAGGGAUUGAUAAAUUUGCCUAUUUUGUCCUAAUGUUAUUUGCUUGCAUGAUGCUAGUUGAGAGCCUAAUGAUGAUUGUUGCAAGUAUUGUCCCUGACUUCCUCAUGGGAAUUAUAACAGGUGCCGGAAUUCAAGGAAUAAUGAUGCUAAAUGGAGGGUUUUUUCGAUUGCCAAAUGAACUUCCAAUGCCAAUUUGGAAAUAUCCAAUGUACUAUUUAGCCUUCCACAAAUAUGCAAUUCAAGGUUUUUAUAAAAAUGAAUAUGAAACUUUUACAUAUUUUACUAAAAGUGGAUUGGCUAUAAUAGUUACUCGUGAUGAAAUAUUGAGAGAUAUCUUUCAAGUAGAAUUAAAUUAUUCUAAGUGGGGAGAUAUUGUUAUUGUUUUUGGGAUGGUGAUUUUAUAUAGGUUAAUUUUUCUUAGUAUUAUUAAGGGUAAAGAAAAGUUUAGACCUAUGGUAAGAGGUUUUAAAUAUUGUUGUACCACAUAAAAUAGAUAAAUA